GUGGCAUCGCACUUUAUGCUGCGUUAAAGACAACUGGAAACUCGUGAAAAACGGGCUCCGACUGGGAAAUAUCGUUUUGUAUGGUCACCCAACUCGGAAUUCCAAGUUGAAAACUCGGGCAUCUUGGUAGAGCUCCAACUUUCCGUUCUGAAGAUCAUUAAAGUCAUGAUUUGACCUCGUUUUUUCCCGAGUUCCCAGUUGUCUUGAAAGCGCCAUUAUACUUAAACACGACCAACAAAGCUUUCUCCUCUGGGCAUCUUUCUCGCUAUACCGGUUUAGCGGAUGGGUGAAGGUUGAUGAUGGAGAGGCCCAGGUCACGGUAGCUAGCAGUGCGUGUAUGCGGAGAAAGAUUUAGUUAAACACCGAGUUUCAGUUUUGGAGAGGAUUCUAGUGGAUUUGCCAAGUGAUCUGUCUGGAAAUUAACCUGAUAAACAAGAUGAAGAGGGGCUUACUGCCAGAGGUGUCUAUCCGACUGCUGCUUCUGGUUGUCUUCCUUGUGACAGAGCAGCUUCCACCCUUUAUUCGUGAGAUCCAGGCAGAGGAGAUGUGGCUGUAUAGAUUUCACAGAGUGGAGAAUGACCAUGUCCCCACCUCUCUCAUGUUUAGCGUGGCGUGUUUCACUCCAUUCCUGGUGAUCCUGCUUUUCACCUUUCUGAAGAGAGUUGAGAGAGGAGACGUGAGAGAGGCCUCGCUAGCGGUGACUCUGGCUCUGGUACUGAACGGAGUUUUCACCAACGCCAUCAAGCUGGUCGUGGGCCGGCCACGGCCAGACUUCUUCUACCGCUGUUUCCCAGACGGACAGAUGAACCUGGAGAUGCACUGCAGCGGCGACCCAGAAGUGGUCAUGGAGGGCAGGAAGAGCUUUCCCAGUGGACACUCCUCCUUUGCAUUCACUGGACUGGGCUUCACAGCGCUGUAUGUGGGGGGUAAGCUGCGGUGCUUUAAUCUGGGGGGUCGGGGCAGGGCCUGGACACUGUGUCUCUUCCUCGCUCCGCUCCUCCUCGCCUUCAUGAUCGCUCUCUCCAGGACCUGCGACUACAAACACCACUGGCAAGAUGUGUUGGUGGGUUCUGGUCUGGGUCUGGUGUUCUCUUGGCUCUGCUACAGACAGCACUACCCCUCCCUCCAGGACCCUGACUGUCACCGGCCACUACGCCACAGAGAGACUGUUCCUGCUGUGCAGGAACGCAAGCUGGCCAACUCCAACUACAUAUUACCUCUAUAGCUGGCCAACUACACAUUACCCCUAUAGUGCUACUCCAACUAUAUAUUGGAAUCAAAUUAAAUUGUAUUUGACACACGCGCCGAAUAAAACAGGUGUAGACCUUACAGUGAAAUGCUUACUUACAAGCCCUUAACCAACAAUGCAGUUUUAAGAAAAAAUAUGUGUUAAAGUAU